UUGUGGGCGUUAAACUGGGCGUAGCAACAUGGGUCAAGUCCAUGCGUCUAUGUGUCUGGAGUCUGCAUGCUUCCUUGUGCCUGUUCAUUACAACGAAUCUAGUAUACCCUAGUGUACCAUUUUACUCUACGAGUAACGGGUAUAAUUACUUCCGGUCAGAAAUGUUCGCAUUCAAACGUCAUCGGAAGUUAUCUUAAUAUUAUCUUAAUAUUCCUCAGAGCAUUUCCUAUACUUUUUCGUUGGAAUGCCCCCCAAGACUGUAGGGAAAUCUUAAUAGCAUCUGACAAAAUUUCUUUCAGUUUCUAAGCGGCUCUCCUUUAUCUCAUGAGACAAUUCAGCAUAUAAACACAAAAUUUCAUAAAAGAAAUAAACGAUUCACUGAUAGCGACAUGUGUAUAAAAAGCCUAUCUCUGCGUAAAUUUAUUUGAGUCGAAAUAAAUCAUUUGAUGAAGAUGCGGUGUAUGUUUAUAUUCGUCAUAUCUGCUGUGAGUCUGGCCUGUGCUGCUCCUCCAAAAUCGCAAAAUGAGAUUCUAGCUCAUUUCUUUGGCUAUGCCGAGACCAUACGUGGCAUUCAAAUUCAUAACAUGAUGACCCUCACCAUCAACUUCGUACAGCAUGUCGUGGACAGCGUUCCGGCUGAGCAUCGCGGACCGGGAACCGCUAGCCUUCAGGCCUAUGCCAACAAAGGCAAGAGUCUCCGCUUGACAGGCACCACUGGCGAGAAAUAUAUGUACAUCUACGAACUGCAACAGGUAUUUGAAGGACUCAACGACAAGCUGAGUCAAUCAGCGCCUGAAUCGCAGGUGAUUGGAAUGAGCUUAUUGGGUUUACUGGGCGUUAGCACUGAAUUCGCCACGGAGGAUGAGCAUCUCCAUAAUAAGUUUGUGGAAGGUGCCACCAAAAUGAAAGCUAAGUUGACUUCGGCCACUAUAGAUCGGGAAAGUGAGCUUUUCAAUGCGAUCAACGAAUACAUUGCUUCUACUGAUAUACAGCAACACGAACCUCUCUUUGUAAAAAUCAUGAGCUUCAAGAGUAGGUUCUAAGCACAUGCACUUAAUUCAAUAAAAUGAUUUAGUCAACAAGGAAUGAAAAGUAAAA